GACGAAGACAAAACCAGGCCCAAAUUAAAUAAAACAAAAAACCUUUCACUACUGUUCAAUCGCCACAUUCUUGGAGAAAAACCCUAAUUUGCUGGAGCAACCGCAAAAAAAAAACUCCCCAAAUUACAUCUUCACUCACAAAAUUCCUCUCAUUUACGUAAAUUAAAUUCUACACAUGUUCCCCUGAAAUCCCAAUCUCAAUCCAUCCCUAGUUGUAUGUUGUAUGACGAAAUCACCAAUCUCGAAAAACCCUAAUUCCCAAAAAAUCCCCAAUUCAACUUCAACCUUCUCCUCUUUUCUCUCUCCUCCAAUUCCAUGGCUACCACUGACGUCACCCCCAAAUUCCACAACCACGAACUUCGCCAACUUCCAUCAUCUGAAGAACAACAUCAACAUCAACAUCAGUUAACAACAAUGGAUCCUUCAUCUUCACACAUUCAUCAAGACGGUCUUUUAUAUUGGCAGGUGAUGGUCGCGGGUUCGAUCGCUGGUUGCGUCGAACAUAUGGCUAUGUUUCCGGUUGACACCAUUAAAACCCGUAUGCAAGCUCUUGGAUCAUGCCCGAUUAAAUCCGUUGGUGUUCGGGCCGCUUUUCGGUCCAUUUUACAGUCCGAUGGGCCUGCUGGGCUUUACCAUGGGAUAGCAGCAAUGGGCCUCGGAGCUGGGCCGGCCCAUGCCGUACAUUUUUCAGUGUAUGAGUUUUGUAAGAAGAGUUUUUCAGGUGGUAACGUUAAUAAUCAUGUAGUUAAUGCUACGUCUGCUGUUUGUGCUGAGGUGUUAAGCGACGCCGUUUUUACCCCUAUGGAUAUGGUGAAGCAAAGGUUGCAGCUUAGUGGUGGUGUUGGUGGGGCCUACAAAGGUGUUUGGGAUUGUAUGAAGAUGGUUUUUAGGGAGGAAGGUUUUGGAGCUUUUUACGCCUCGUAUAGGACGACUGUGAUCAUGAAUGCGCCGUUUUUUGCUGUCUUUUUUGCUACUUAUGAGGCUGCUAAGAAAGGUUUGAUGGAGAUUUCGCCUGAUAAAGCGGAUGAUGAGAGGUUGGUGGUUCAUGCUACUGCUGGUGCUGCUGCUGGUGCACUUGCUGCUGUUGUUACUACGCCGUUGGAUGUUGUCAAGACGCAGUUGCAGUGCCAGGGUGUUUGUGGGUGUGACAGAUUCGCUACUGGUUCAAUAAGGGAUGUUAUUAAGACAAUAGUAAAAAAGGAUGGAUACAGGGGGCUCAUGAGGGGAUGGAGUCCAAGAAUGAUGUUCAAUACUCCUGCUGCAGCCAUUGUCUGGUCUACAUAUGAAGCUGUAAAGACCUUCUUCCAGGUUCGAAAUGACCAAAAAUAAUAGCAGCUGUUUGACCGGAUAAUGCUGAAAAGCUCAUUGUUUUCCACUUGUUACUUGUGGGUGCUGCGUUACUAUUGAAGGUACAGAUAAUUUGAUGAUAAACUUGGCAUCAUACGCACAUACAUGCAUUCUUCAGGUUGGUAGUUCUAAUGAGGGGUCGCUCCAGGCUAGUUAGAAUGUUAGAUUUUAUUGUAUAAUUAUGGUCACAUUUUUGAUAGUUUCAAGUUACAAUAAGUCUUGGACUUCCAUUGUGUUCCCAUUUGAGUAAUGGUCGGUACAACAUCAGAUCUGUGGAAAUGGAAGUUACAGAUCUUCGGUGGAAAAUUUUGUGAUGUGUUGGAUGUAAUUGUUAGGGAGAGCAUAGAGACUGAUUUGUACCCUUUUGAGGCAAAUCUGGUUUGUAUGAAUCAUUAUUCGUUCCCGUCCAUAUUGUUUGUUGUCCAUGAGGCCAUGAGUUGUGUUUUUACAUUAUUGAGGCUUUAGGUGCAAGCAAGGCUGAAGGCUUGUCAAUCAACAUUUGUAUUUUAUGUCUACAGAACAGUUUUGUAUUUUGACAGUUGCUCUUGGUGACAGUUUUGUUAUCUUGCCUGAAAUUACCUCUUCAUAUUAUUCAA